GACACCCGCAGCCUCUCCCUGGGGCCGGGGGCGGUGCGGGAGGAGUGGCCGGGGGGAGCCGUGGGGCGCCGCGCUGCCGGGCCGCCCCGAGCUCUGCCUUCUUCCUCCUCCUCCUCCUCCUCCUCCUCCUCCUCCCUCUUCCCUCCUCCUCCCGCCGCUCCUCCCGCCGCCCGGCCCGGCCCGGCUCCGCUCGCCAUGGGAGAUGUGGUCUCCACGCACCUGGACGAGGGUCGCCGCCAGCACAUCGCGGAGAGGACGGGGAAGGUGCUGGGCGAGUUCUGCCGCUGCUACAAGGAGCAGUUUGGGGUCGCUCUCUUCAACAGCGUCCGCUAUGAGAUCGAGGGCGCCGGGGGCCCGCAGGCCCAGCUGCUGCACCGCAAGGUUCCACUGGAGGACCAUGUCAUCUACUCAGGCAACAUCUUCCAGUACAUCGAGGAGAACAAGAAGUGGAGGAACCGCUUCUGCGUGGUGCCCCACAACUACGGGCUGGUCCUCUACGAGAACAAACUGGCCUAUGAGCGGGAGCAGCCGCCCCGGGUGUUGGUCAACAGUGCUGGCUACAAGGUCCUCACCUCUGUGGAGCAGUACCUGGAGCUGGUCAACAACAGCCUGCCUGGUGUGACACCGAAAUCCGGGCACUCUCCCAUCCUGAAGUGCCCCACGGAUUUCCCCCUGGUGCUGUGGCACCCCUAUGCCAGGCACUACUAUUUCUGUGUGAUGACGGGCAAGGAGCAGGAGAAGUGGCGGGCGGUGUUCCAGGACUGCGUGCGGCACUGCAACAACGGGAUCUCGGAGGACUCCCGGGUGGAGGCUCCCGCCUUCACGGACGCCAUCCGCAUGUACCGGCAGUCCAAGGAGCAGUACGGCACCUGGGACAUGCUCUGCGGCAACGAGACCCAGGUCCUGAGCAACCUGGUGAUGGAGGAGCUGCUCCCCGAGCUCAGGAGCGCCAUCGGGCCCCGGCUGAAGGGCAAAGCCCCGGAGCGCCAGCGGACCUGGAUCCAGGUGUCAGAUGCUGUCUAUAGGAUGGUCUAUGAGCUGGCCAAGGCUCAGUACGAUGCAGCUGUGGCCAGGUGUGAGCAGGAGCGGCCGCAGCUGGAGAGCACCAUCCGCACGGACAUGGACCAGAUCAUCACCUCCAAGGAGCACCUGGCCAGCAAGAUCCGAGCCUUUGUCCUGCCCAAGGCAGAGGUGUGUGUCCGUAACCACGUGCAGCCCUACAUCUCCUCCAUCCUGGAGGCCCUGAUGACCCCCACGAGCCAGGGCUUUGCUGAGGCCCGGGAGGUGUUCUUCAAGGAGGUCACCGACAUGAACAUGAACGUGGUCAACGAGGGCGGCCUGGAGAAGCUGGUGGAGUACAUGGAGAAGCUCUCCCACCUGGCCUUCCACCCCGUGAAGAUGCAGUCGUGCUAUGAGAAGAUGGACCAGCUGAAACUGGAGGGUCUGCAGCAGCGAUUCGAUGUCUCCAGCACAUCUGUCUUCAAGCAGAGGGCCCAGAUCCACAUGAGACAGCAAAUGGACGAUGCUGUGUACACCUUCGAGACCCUGCUGCACCAGGAGCUGAGCAAGCUGCAGGGCAAGGACGAGCUGUGCAAAUCCAUCCAGCGCAUCCUCGAGAGGGUGCUCAAGAAAUUCGACUAUGACAGCAGCACCGUGAGGAAGAAGUUCUUCAGGGAGGCCCUGCUGCAGAUCACCAUUCCCUUCCUGCUGAAAAAGCUGGCACCCACCUGCAAGGGGGAAUUAGCCAAGUUCCAGGAGCUGAUCUUCGAGGACUUUGCCAGCUUCAUCCUGGUGGAGAACACCUACGAGGAGGUGGUGCUGCAGUCAGUGAUGAAAGACAUCAUGCAAGCUGUGAAGGAGGCGGCCGUGCAGCGCAAGCACAACCUGUACAGGGACAGCAUGGUGAUGCACAACAGCGAUCCCAACCUGCACCUGCUGGGAGAGGGCCUGCCCAUCGACUGGAGCGAGGAGUACAGCGGGCAGCCCGAGGAGCCGGCGGCCGAGCGGCGCCGCAGGGCCAAGCAGGUGGUGUCGGUCAUCCAGGACGACGAGGGGGCCCUGCCCUAUGGGGCUGAGGCCCUGCUGCAGCCCGGCUCUCCUGAGCCAGGGCAGGCAGAGCAGGCACAGCCCGGGGUGCCCCCCAGCCCCCCGGAUGCGGUGCAGGAGAUCCGGGAGGCGCUGGCACAGCAGAGCCUGGAGGAUGGUGCCAGGCUGGAGGAGCGGCUGAUGAACGGCACCGAGGGCAGCGGGGCCAGCGAGGAGGGCGUGCUGCUGGCAGGGGCUGCCACACAGCAGGGCCCAGCCCGGGAUGGGGACGGGGUGAGCUGUGCCACAGCGGCAGCACCAGCACCUGGAGCUGAGGUUCCAUCAGGAACGGGCAGAGAACGUGUCACACCAGCAUCCUCACCUGUCCCUGGAGCUGAGGUGUCAUCAGGGGGACAGCAUGCCACACCAGUGUCCUCACCUGUCCCUGGAGCUGAGAUCCCAUCAGGAGCUGGCAAAGAACGUGUCACACCAGCAUCCUCACCUGUCCCUGGAGCUGAGGUCCCGUCAGGAGCUGGGACACGCCGGCCUGCACCAGCACCCCCUGUGCCUGGAGCUGAGGUGUCAUCAGGGGGGCAGUGUGCCACACCAGCACUGUCACCUGUCCCUGGAGCUGAGGUCCCAUCAGGGACUGGGAGACGUCCUGCACCAGCAUCACCUGUGCCCAGAGCUGAUGUCCCAGCAGAGGCUGAGGUGCCCCCUGUCACACCAAGAUCAUCCGUGCCAGCUUCCCCCGUGUCUGCAGCUGAUGUCCCAUCAGGGGCUGAGGUGCCACAUGUCACACCAAGGUCAUCCAUGCCAGCAUCCCCUGUGCCCAGGGCUGAUGUCCCAUCAGUGCCCAGCGUGCCACACGGCACAGCAGCCCCGGGCAGCCCCCGAGCCGGUGUCCCAGCAGAGGCCGAGGUGCCCCGUGUCACAGCAGCACCACCUGGAGGGCACAGCCCAUCAGCAGCGUGUCACCUGCACGGUGACAAGGAGCCAGGCGAGCCCAGGGGCACCACAGAGAGCGGUGAGGGGGUGCAGACUGAGUUCUAGCCCCAGCCCCUGCCAUGGACUGGCCCCGGUGACACUGGGGCUGGGGGAGGGGGACAGGACCCCCGGGAUGGAGAGCAGCACUGUGGGAGAGGGAGGGGAUGGGGACACCCAGACCUUACUGCCUAAGGGGGUCCCACUGCCACAGCCCCAUGGGUCUGACUGGGGUGGCCCCAGCCUGGCUUGGGGCAUCCCCUGCGCUCUGCUCUGUCCUUCUUCCGCCUUAUUUUCUUUCCUACUGAGGAGAUGCUUUACUGAAGAGCUUUAUCUGCCCCCCACACCAGUGCCUGGGGCUGCUGGGGGGGCUGGCACUAGCCCUGCUGAGGGAGGGUGUAUGGGACACUCCUGGCUGUCCCCAGGGUUGUCCCUUCCCCAGUCUGGGGUGUUUCCUCAGAGCCUGCCCACUGCCACCCAUCCAGGGGGGGGUUUCUGGGAGUGUGCCCGCUGCCAUCCCCACCUGGCCAGCUCCAGGAGUGCCAGUGGGAGCGGGAACUGCAGGGGAUGAUGACAAACAGGAUGGCAAAUGGGGACCUGACAGGGACAGCAAUGCUGGGGAGCUUGAGCCACUACUGAGGAGGAAAGUGCUGGGACAGGCAUGGGCUGCUGGUGCCCAGACUGGGCUCACAGCAUCCAGGCUGGGCUCGCAGCAUCCAGACUGGGCUCACAGCAUCCAGGCUGGGCUCCUGGUACCCAGGCUGGGCUCACAGCACCCACCCCCAGCCACCCUCACCCCUAGGAGCUAUUUCAGGAGCUAUUUUAAGUUCAGAGUUCAGUCUCUGGGGAAGGUGGCACCCAGGCCGUGUCCCAGCUGUGCCUGGCAGGACUGGGAUAAUUCCAGGCUCAGCUUGCUGUGCAGUGGAGAGAUCCCAGCCCUUGCCCUCCACAUCUCCUCAGCACCUCCCAUGGAUGGUUUCUCAAGGUUUUGGCAUCUGCUGUGCUGGCUGAGCAAAGAGCAGGGGGUUGCUGACCCCUCUGUGUCACGGGGACAGGAGUGCUGCAGCCCCCACACAGUGAUGCCAAAGCCCUGGAGGUGCUGGGGGUCUGCAGGACCCCUGGGGUGACACCUGGAGCAGGGACCAGCACCCCAACACCCACCUGUGCCCAGCCUAACCCACUCAGGGGGGCCCCCAAAGUGCCUUGGGAGGCCCCCCUCAAAGUGCCUUUCUCUGUGAACUUCAAACCUGUCUCUUCCAGGAUAUUUUAUUAAGAAAGUUAUACAAAUGUUUAAAGAUAUGCUUAUAAUAAUUAAUAAAAUGGAAAAGCUUUAUUUAAAGCCAGAGGAGCCUCUCCUUAUU